ACCUAUUCGGUGACAGAGCUCACUGCCACUGCAGCUGCACCACUACCCAUAAAAUAAAACACCCAAAAACGCCCUCUUUCUUUCGCAUCCCCUAUUCAUUGAUUCCAAUCACAUAUUCUUUGGAUUCAAUCUUUUUUUUCUUUUCGAUUUCUAGGGUUUCAGAUUCUCUUUUCAGUUUUUCUUAAAUACAACAAUUCCUCACUAUACUUUUCUUUUGUCCUUCUUUCUGAUCUCGCAUCUGCAUCUCAGAUUCCGAUCCUGCCUUUUCUUCUUCGAUAAUUCAUAUAACAUGUUGCUAGAUCUGUUGUUCCUUUGCAGUUUCUGGAGCAAAUCACUCUGAAAAGUAAGAUUUGCAGAUUUAGAUCACUUGUUUACUGUUGCUUAGAUUCAAGGGUUUACGAUUCAGUUUGUGGAUUCCGUUAACGAAAUGUGUUACAUUUGACUCGAUUUUAGUUAAAAUUUGGAUGAUAAGGACAAACCAGCUUGUGGACUCUUAAAUGGUAUGCAGCAGCUAUCUCAGGACAGUAAUUGUGCAAGGUGUGAAUAUUCAGAAAGUCGCAGAGGGGUUGUUGCAGUUUCCUAAUUUCAGAAAAGGUCUGAAGACUGUUUCUACAGCAACCUUUUUGUCUGAUCGAAUAUUUCCAUCUGGUAGAAGAAUGAUGGUGGAUACGAGUGCAACGGGAAACCAGGGUCCAACUACUAACAAAAGUUCACCAGAGAAGGAUGAUAAUGGUGGCUGUGCAAGUGGAGGAUGGAAGAGUGAAGAUGGAAAAUUGGGAUGUGGCUAUUCAAGCUUCAGAGGUAAAAGAGCUAGCAUGGAGGACUUCUUUGAUGUCAAGACUUGCAAGAUUAAUGGGCAGACUGUUUGUCUAUUCGGGAUAUUUGAUGGUCAUGGUGGUUCACGUGCAGCCGAGUAUUUAAAGGAAAAUCUUUUCAAGAAUCUGAUGAAUCAUCCAGAAUUUUUGACAAACACCAAAGUGGCCAUAAGUGAGACUUAUCAGCAGACUGACUCAGACUUCUUGGAGUCUGGAAAAGAUACGUUUCGUGAUGAUGGUUCUACUGCUUCAACAGCAGUUUUAGUAGGCAAUCAUUUGUAUGUUGCUAAUGUUGGAGAUUCUCGAACUGUCAUAUCAAAGGCAGGAAAAGCUAUUCCUCUUUCUGAGGAUCACAAACCAAAUAGAAGCGAUGAGAGGAAGAGAAUUGAAAAUGCUGGUGGAGUUGUGAUGUGGGCAGGUACUUGGAGGGUUGGAGGUGUUUUAGCAAUGUCACGUGCUUUUGGAAACCGUAUGCUGAAGCAAUUUGUUGUUGCAGAACCCGAAAUCCAGGAACAAGAACUGGAUGAGGAAUUUGAAUUGCUUGUUCUUGCGAGUGAUGGUCUCUGGGAUGUUGUACCAAAUGAGGAUGCUGUGACACUAGCAUUGUCAGAAGAAGAGCCUGAGUUAGCUGCUAGAAAGUUGAUAGAAACUGCUUUUAGCCGAGGAAGUGCUGAUAAUAUCACUUGUAUUGUAGUCAGGCUUUAUCAUCAUCAAUCUCCACCACCUACAAUAGAACCUCAAAUCCAAACCGAUGAUACCCAAACCCAAACUGAAAUCCAAAUCCAAACCCAAACCCAAACCCAAACCCAAAAUGAGAAUGAGAAUGAAACCAAGACUGGACCAAUAGAUGGCUGAAUGAUUUGAUUUGGUUGGUGUUGUAUGAUGAUGACUGAACUAGAGUCUGAAGCUCCAAGGGUGCGUUUGUGCGUGCAUAUUGUUCUUGUUCGUAGCUGUUGAUACAUGUGUUUAUCAUCUGAAGUGAACCCCAAAAAGACCGUCUGUCUGUUUGUUUGUUUGUUUGUUUAUCUGUCUGUCUGUUGAACGCUUAUCUUACCCACCUACCUACCUACCCGGUGUAAAUUGUGUCUUUUUUUAUCUCUUAUGUUUUUUUUUUUAUGAACAAUAAUGCGACAUUAAUUAAUUAUUCAAGAAUCUUUUUUUUGCUA